AUGAUGAAUGUCAUCCAACCCCCAAAAACACUAGCAGACUGAGAAGAGCCUAAGGUUAAGGCCAAAGGCCUUAAUUGCCAAGCUCAAUUUUCAAAAAAUUCUGCGACUAAAGAAUCUCAUCAACAUAUGUAUAAGACUAAGGCUCCAACUAAGAGUGAGGACAUACAGGAGCAAAGCAUUUUCUUGAAGCCGAAGGAAGAGCAAAAGGUCUCCAUCUCAGAAGAAUCACAGAAAACUAACUGAACCUCUAACAAAUGCAUUUCAAAUGAAAAUUCUGAGUGUGAAUCUCGUAUGAAAAAGAACCCUCUGUUAAACUACAUUGAGCUCGAUACUCUUGGAUGUGGCUCCUUCGGAAGAGUUGUCAAAGUGCAAAAGAAAUCAACAGAUGUUCAAUAUGCUAUGAAGAUUAUUGAAAAGAGGAAGAUGGAGAAGGAAAAUAAAAUUUAUCAGGUCUUCAAUGAGAGAGAUUUGUUGUCCAAACUAGAUAACUCUCGGAUCAUUAAACUCAAGAAAUGUUUUGCUUACAAAAACUGCAUCUAUCUUAUCACAGAUCUUUGCCAGAAGGGAGAUUUAGGAGAGCUGCUCAAGAAGAUCUACAGCAUCAAGCUUUGAACUAGAGAUAUACAGUUCAUAAUCAGCCAGGUUCUCCUAGCUUUAGAGUACCUCCACUCUGUCGGAAUAGUUCACAGAGAUAUCAAACCUGAAAAUAUAUUUGUGACUGAGGAAGGCCACCUCAAAUUAGGAGACCUUGGAUCCUCAGGGAUUUCUGAGCAAGCCAGGAAAACUCUAAAAAUAAAAAAUCAUAAGUAUAAAGAUGGAGUGAAGGAAGAAAAUAAACUCAAUACCUUCGUUGGCACUAAGGAAUAUGUAUCUCCUGAAGUUUUGCAGGGAAAAAGAUGCUCUCCAGCUGCGGAUAUGUGGAGUCUCGGUGUGAUAAUCUUCCAGCUCUUUUGUGGAUAUACCCCAUUUACUCUUGAGAAAGCUGAGUAUUAUACUUUCCAAAGUAUUAUGGAGUGUAAAUAUAAAAUUCCUGAAACUUUCCCAGAGGCAGCCAAAAAUCUUAUUAAGAGCUUAUUAGUGCUUAAACCUGAAGAGAGACUCAGUGCCUCCCAGGUAAGAAACCAUGAGUUCUUUGCAGACUUUGACUUCGGAGAAUUCGAUGAUAAGAAUUCCCCUCUUUGUGAUUUAUAUGAUCAACUAAAAGAUGUCCAAGAGGAUUGAGAAUCUUCUAGUGAAUAUGAUUCUAUUGUCAACGGAGAUGAUUUUGACGUGGACUUUAGUGAAUCUCCUGCCAUUGGAAAGGGAAUCUUAAACUCUCCUCUUAAAGACUCCCCCAACAAAGCUUAUAACACUUACCUUAAGAAGAGUAGCUCUCUUGGAGAAAGAGAGAUCAAAAACUUGGCAGAUCAGGAAGAAAAAGAUGAUGAAGUUAAGGAAGAUAAUUUCAUUGAAUUUCGGCCUCAUGCAAAGAGUACCCUGACUGACAACUCUAAACAAAGCAGUUCUGAUCAUGGGGAUACCACUUUUGCAUCUAUUCCUGAACCUACAACACCCAGACUUAAAACUGAAAAUUGGUCAUCCAAAUAUAUCUCAAAGGCUGAUUAUAAGAGUGAGAAGAAAGUAAUCCUUGAGGGCCCAAUAAAGAAGAUUACUGCAUGGAUCAUUUACAAGAGAAGAUACAUGGAGCUGAGUGAAACGGACGGAGUUCCAAGACUUGUAUACUACACUGCCAACAAGACUAAACUGAGAAACGAGAUUCCUCUCACAAGACAUACUAAAGUUUAUGCUACAGGCAAUAGCAAAUUUGAGAUUACAGAUCUGGAAAAUACCUUCUAUUUCAAAGACUGUGGAGGAGAAGCUAAAGUAAAGCAAUGGGUAGCCGAGCUAAGUAAGGCCAUAACUUCCCAGAAUUCCCAAAAAGCUUCUUUCAAGGGCAACAAAGUUAUGUCAAUGACUCUUGGCUAACUUGUGACGUUCUUCGUCAUGCCAAUUCCUCUUUCUAUUCUUUAUAAAUUAUUUAACUGAGUAUGUACACCAUCUUGUU